AUGGAAGAUCUACUGAAAAGAACUAAGCCGACUUCAUAUUGCGUGGGUUGUGGGUAUCAGAUUCUGGAUCAGUUCAUCCUGCGGGUUUUCCCUGAUCUGGAUUGGCACGCGGAGUGUCUGAAGUGCGCAGAGUGCCAUCAACAUCUGGAUGAGUCCUGCACGUGCUUCAUCAGAGAUGGAAAAACCUUCUGUAAAGACCACUACAGCAGAUUUUGCACCAUUAAAUGUGCAAAAUGCCACACUGUCUUGACCAGAAACAUGUAUGUCAUGCGAACACGAAUGAACGUUUAUCAUUCUCAGUGUUUUCGAUGUGAGAGCUGCAAUCGUCAAUUACUCCCUGGAGAUGAGUAUUUUAUGCGGGACAGCCAACUGCUCUGUACGGACCAUCAAAAGCACUCCAAUAGAUUAAUGGGUACUUCAAAUAAACCACAUCACAAAUCUUUGGACACUGUUGAUAUGUCUGAUGACAUCAAAUCCACAUCACAGUUCAGUCCUCCCUGGUCUUCAAUGCAGAGGAGGUCAGAGAGGGCUACCCGCGUGAGGACGGUUCUCAGCGAGUCCCAACUCCGCAUGCUACAGACCUGUUACAGUGCUAAUCCUAGACCCGAUGCCCUCAUGAAAGAACAGCUAGUGGAAAUGACAGGCCUCAGCCCCCGGGUCAUUCGAGUCUGGUUCCAGAACAAGCGAUGCCAAGAUAAGAAAAGGUGUCUAAUGAUGAGACACACACAGAAGCAGCUUGAGGGCUGCCUGGAUAUUUCUGAGGAGCCUCUACUGAUUGCCUGUCCAGAGAGUCAGGACAGUGCCAUGUUCAUAAGCCCACCUUGGAAACUACUCACCUGCUUUAUUGAGCACAAGGGUGCUGACCACCAAUCAUAUCAGCAAGUGCUUUCUUUACACAAGGACGAUCCCUGUUCUGCUGGAAGAGAAGUUGUGUCAAUAUCAGCUCAGUUACCCGAGACACCCAACAACCUAGCUGCUAGUUCUACUGGAAUGAAUGAGUAA